CUUCUUCCCGACGAUCCAACAGUCGUCACCACCCCCUCCUCACAGAUCCAACCCUCAUCGAUUCAACUGCUAGAAAACAAGAACAGAAGCGGACAGAACAUGUGACAACAUUCUUUGAUCGAAUCAUUUUCAGAUCUACAGCGAAUUGGAUUAUUUUGAGCAUUGUUUUGGUUUGGAAUAAUCAAUGGCGACGCGGAAUAGGACCUUUUUGUAUCGAAAGUAUAGAGAUGCAUUAAAGAGCGUUCGAGUUCCGACGGGGUCUUCGCCGUCCUCGUCAAGCUCCGGCGGACCAGUGAUCGAAUUGGCGACGACGACGUUGCUUAAUCAGAAUCGCUCUUAUGCUCCUCUCAGUACUGAGGAUCCCGGAACUUCCAGGACCCAAUCGUUACACUCGACGCGCUUAAUUCUCCAUGCGCGGGCAUUUCCAUUCGUCUCCUUUGGCCUUGAGAAUAUAAACUGCAACUCGCUGUCCCAAACUCAGCCCAUCGCAUCCGAUUCCAACUUGAUAACCUCCGUGACUCACUUCUUCCCGACGAUCCAACAGUCGUCACCACCCCCUCCUCACAGAUCCAACCCUCAUCGAUUCAACUGCUAG